UGGCGCAGGGUUUGGAAUUCCUUUGGAAGUAGACAGUGAAACAGGCAUGGCUCGUACCAAGCAGACGGCUCGCAAGUCCACCGGCGGGAAGGCGCCCCGGAAGCAACUGGCUACGAAGGCCGCCCGGAAGAGCGCCCCGGCCACCGGGGGAGUAAAGAAGCCCCACCGCUACCGCCCGGGGACCGUGGCCCUGAGGGAGAUCCGGCGCUACCAGAAGUCGACGGAGCUGCUGAUCCGGAAGCUGCCCUUCCAGCGCCUGGUGCGGGAGAUCGCGCAGGACUUCAAGACGGAUCUGCGCUUCCAGAGCUCUGCGGUGAUGGCGCUGCAGGAGGCGAGCGAGGCUUACCUGGUGGGGCUCUUCGAGGACACCAACCUCUGCGCCAUCCACGCCAAGAGGGUGACCAUCAUGCCCAAGGACAUCCAGCUGGCCAGGCGCAUCCGCGGGGAGAGGGCCUGAGACCCUCCUGGAAAAGCAGCCACGCUCUCCUUACGACACAAAGGCUCUUUUAAGAGCCACCACUUCAUCCCGGAAAGAGCUGAGGAUUGCAAGGGGAAUUGAUUGGGAAUAAUAUUGUGCCAAGGGAUCUGUAGCACUCAUGGAGACUCAGCCAAGACUCCUUCAGAUGCAUGAGGAACAAAGGCUCAAGGUACCAAAACUCAUGCCUGCUGCUAACUUCUUUUUAGUCCAUUCUCAAAGAGUGCUACAGGUCCCUUGGAAUGCUGUUUCUCCAGACUCUUUUGAAGAGAUACUAUUUUAAGAGUGGUUACUCUUUAAGAGCUGCCACUUCAUCGGAGAAAGAGCUGAUAAUUGCAAUGGGUUGGGAGGACAUUGCUGAGGAGGAGAAUUGAUUGGGGUUAAAUAGCAUGCCAACGGAUAUGUAGCAUCCUUGGAGACUUAGCCAAGAGAAGAGUUGAUAGCAUACGCUUUAGUAGACUUGACUCCACUUCUUCAGAUGCGUGAGGAAGAAAGGGCUUCAGUCAUGGAGGUUCUCAGAAGAAACCACGCCGCCAAAUAUUAAUUGCACCCCAAGGGCACCCCAAGAGCAUAAGGAGGGAUCUGGCUGCACCUUUGAGACUGACGUUGGUAGCAUGAGCUUUCCUAGACUUGAGCCUACUUCCUCAUAUCCACCAAAUG